UGUUUUAUGCUUCUUCUCAUCUUCUAAGCUUAGCGAAGACGAAGAAUCUCUCCAACAAUGGCGUUAACUCCACCUCCAUCCACACUCACUUCUCGUGUAAACAUCUCCUCCGAUCAUCAUCAUCCUUCCUCUCCCUCUCUUCACUUUCUUCUUCCUCCUCCUGGAUCAUUAUCCUCUCCUCCCUCUUCCUUUUCUCUCCACUUAUCCGCGCUGAACAGAUCCAUGAUCUGCUUCGAAACACUCAAGGUUCUCUCGAGAUCCAAGUGUUUUGCCAAAUCUCCAACAACCGCCGAGGAUUUCGUCGGUGAUUACGAUUCUCUUAACGUUAGCGGCGACGAGGACGACGACGAUGGUAGUAGCGGCGGUGAUGGAGGAAGAGAGGAUGCAAAGAAGAUCGAUUCUUCUUCUUCUUCGUCUACUGUAUCUUCCUCGAGUGAUUCUACCUCUCUGGGGAUUCGUGAGCCGGUUUAUGAGGUUGUUGAAGUGAAGGCGACGGGAGCAAUAUCUACAAGGAAGAUUAGCAGACGACAGCUUCUCAAGUCCAGUGGUCUUCGGCCAAGAGAUAUCCGAAGUGUUGAUCCUUCAUUGUUUAUGACAAACUCCAUGCCAUCUCUGUUGGUCCGUGAACAUGCAAUUCUGCUUAAUUUGGGCUCUCUGCGAGCGAUAGCAAUGCGUGACCGUGUCCUUAUUUUUGAUUAUAACCGGAGAGGAGGAAGGGCUUUUGUUGAUACAUUGAUGCCUCGGAUCAACCCAAGAAGUAUGAAUGGAGGUCCCUCUAUGCCUUUUGAACUCGAGGUUGUGGAAUCGGCGCUAAUCUCAAGGAUACAGCGGUUAGAGCAAAGGCUUAUGGAUAUAGAACCCCGAGUCCAAGUUCUUCUUGAGGUUUUGCCCAACCGCUUAACUGCUGAUAUAUUGGAGGAACUUCGUAUUAGCAAACAAAGACUGGUUGAAUUGGGGUCGAGAGCUGGAGCUCUUAGACAAAUGCUACUUGAUCUCUUAGAGGAUCCACAUGAAAUACGCCGCAUAUGCAUCAUGGGAAGAAACUGCACACUUAGAAGAGGAAAUGACGACAUGGAGUGUUCAUUGCCCUUAGAUAAGCAGAUUGCUGAAGAAGAAGAGGAGGAAAUUGAAAUGCUCUUGGAGAACUAUCUGCAAAGAUGCGAGUCAUGCCAUGGUCAAGCAGAAAGGCUUCUGGAUUCUGCAAAGGAAAUGGAAGACUCAAUUGCUGUCAAUCUAAGUUCUCGGAGACUUGAGGUCAGCAGAUUCGAACUACUUCUUCAGGUCGGAACGUUUUGCGUUGCAGCUGGUGCUCUCGUCGCAGGCAUAUUUGGAAUGAACUUGAAGUCCUAUCUUGAAGAACAACCUUUUGCAUUCUGGCUAACAACGGGCGGAAUCAUCUUAGGAGCUGCAGUAGGCUUCUUCCUCAUGUAUUCCUAUCUCCGUAAACGCAAAAUCUUUUGAACCUUCAAUGGUGAAAGAAGAGGUGAACAUCCGUGAAGAAAGAGACUUUCAUUACACAAUGUGGCAUUAGGCCCCCUUGCUAGUAAGUUACUUAGAGAGAGAUGAUUUCAUAAAAUGUCAGAUAUAUAUAUUACUCUGGUGGCCUCCAUUGAACUCAGAUGAAUUGUGAGUUAUGCUCUCAUUGCUUAUGCUCUGCAUGAGACACUAUUUGGUAUUUGUUAAACUAAUGAAUCAUCUGGAUUGUUUUCGAAAGCGAA